AUGGCCAACUCGCAGUACACAUUGCCCAAGCUCCCGUACGCUUACAAUGCUCUCGAGCCUCACAUCUCAGCUCAGAUUAUGGAGCUGCACCACAGCAAACACCACCAAACAUACGUCACAAACCUAAACAAGGCCAUCGAGACCUAUAACGCAAAUCCUCUCCAGAACCGUAUCGCCGUUCUGGCGGCCCUCAAUUUCAACGGCGGUGGUCACAUCAACCACUCUCUCUUUUGGGAGAACCUAUCACCAGCCUCGAGCCCAGACGCCUCGCCCGCCACGGCACCCAAGCUGAUCGCUGAGAUCACCCGCGUCUGGGGCAGCGUAGACAAUUUUAAGCUGGCCUUCAAUACCGCGCUGCUGGGUAUCACCGGUAGCGGCUGGGGGUGGCUGGUAAAGGACGAUGUAACGGGUCUCAGCAUCACCACGACAAAAGACCAGGACCCCGUCACCAAGGACGUGCCCAUCUUCGGUGUCGACAUGUGGGAGCACGCGUACUACCUUCAGUACCUCAAUGGAAAGGCGGCGUACGUCGAGAACAUCUGGAACGUCAUCAACUGGAAGACGGCGGAAUUGAGGUUCUCGGGUUCUCGAGACGACGCCUUCAAGGCACUUAAGGCGGUCCUCUAA